AUGUCGACUGGUUUAGCAUACUCGGCCCAACGCCGCGCCAACGACCAAACCGAGCGCAAUGCCUUGGCUGGUGUAAUCGAACCACGGUUCAUUGGUAACUUCCAGAACCAGAACCUUUCGCCCGAGGCCAGAAUCAUGCAGAAUGCAAGAAGAGCAAUCGACGCCAAGACGAGCGAGGUUGCCAGCCUCCAAGCCCAGAUCACCCAACUGCAGCAGCAGAACACUCGGCUGCAGCAGGACAAGGCGCAGCUGCAGCAGCAGCUUCAUGUCAACCAUCGACAAGUCCAUGGCGGUGGUAAUCAAGGCGGUCUUGGCCUGGUGUAUAACGCCACCACCUCCCGAUACGAGCCCACGGCCUCCGCCUACACAGCGGACCAGCUCACGCAGAUCCGACGCAACCAGCGGGUCGCUGACCUCCACCAGCGCACCAGCCGCCUGGUCAACCAAGUCGAGGCUCGCGUGGGCGGCAGCCAGGGCGUCGUUGGUCAGGAGAUGGAUGUCGCGCUGCGUGUCGCCAACGAUGCGCUCACCGACAUGGCGGAUGCGGUCGAGCAGGCGGAUUUGGGCCAGGCGAGGAGGGAUGCGUGGGCGAGGACGCAGGCGAGCUUGGGGAGAGGGUUUCAUUUUGAGCGCUGA